AUGUCGGAAAUUACGCUCAAGAACCAGCUCGACUCACCUCUUCUUCGCCUCCCAGCCGAAAUUCGAAACAAGAUCUACACCUACGUUUCGCUCUCUACGAAGAUCGAAGUGAUAGGAGUCUUGGAAGACCUGUCUCCAAAUUACACCUUCUAUCUACGAGCUCCGGGAUUUGUCAAAAGCUGCAAGCAGAUCCACCACGAAGCCACGACGUUGCUCUACAGUCUAGCCACUUUCGACAUCACCAACCACAGCUGGGGCUUCCUGCGCCAGAGUGGCUUCAUUCGCACCAUUCGCACCCUAAUUACCUCAAUCAGGAUGUCGGGUUUCUUGGCUGAUUCCGUAAUUUCUGGUCGUGAACGUUCACGUCCUUGGGGAUCAGCGUCAUCAGCAGGAGACCUACCAGGUCUUGAGAGAGUGCACUUACAGAGUGUAUACUGGGGUCGGAAGGACAACUAUUCAGCAGCUAUGAGCAAAUGGUUUGAAAAUGAAUCACUCGAGAUCAUCUUUGAUCAUUACGCUGGCUAG